AUGUCCUCCGUCAGUAGCCAGAGCCACGGCAGGUCCGAGUCUCAGUCCGCGCUGUCGCCUUUGGCGUAUGGCGCCACGCCCGGGAGCGUCUUCGGCACGCUCAAUAACAGCCCGGACGUGCUGAUGGUGAACGAGACUCUACGGGAUAUGGGGGUCUCCCUCGCGAACUUCGAGAAAGUAUUCGAUUCGCUAGGCCAACAGAACUCGCAGAUGAUACAAAUGGGUGGCGAACUCGAGACAACACAGCAUCUGAACAAGGUCCGCAAGGAGAUGGAGGAGUCUGACCGAAAGCAGGAAGCGCAAAUCGAGGAGGUCAAAGCGCUCCUCGAGAACGCCUUGCAGCACGAAAUUGUUGACCAUCUCCGGACGUUGAUCGAAGCGGGCGUUCUUGACGUGAUCGACGAAGUCGUAAAGGAGCGUAUCGCCGCCGAGCUCCCGCGCGUGCUUCCGAGGAGCAUGCAAAAUGAGAUUGCGGGGUACCGCAAGCAACUGCAGGAAGUGCAACGCGCGUUGCAUAAUUCGGAAAGCCGGAGAGCGAACUCGCUGCUUCGCACGUCGAAGUCGAACUUGACGGAAGAGUUGCAUACGAUCUACAAGGCCGACGGCACCAUCAGCCUGCUCUUCCCCAAGAAUCUCAACGCGCUCUUCUCCAUGGACACGGAAACGGCACGACAGUUGUUGGAGGAUUAUGGGAUGUGGGAUUCGACGAAAUCCCGGGAGAGAAACUUGAAUACGUUCAUGCAGUUCUGCGGCGUAAACUACCAGCUGAUUGUCACCGCAUCGGGCAGCCGGCCAAUGAAAGCGACAACGCCAGGUAUGAUAGAGGCCAUAAACCGGCUGACAUGA